AUGGCGGUAAUGAAAGAGGUUGAAGACAAAGCUUCUUUUCUUGGAAUUGAUUUAUUGACUGUAGAUCUUGAUUCCAUUCACCUCCCUCCCGGUGAAGACUGUGGCACGAUCAGUGACGAUGAACAAGUUCUUCAAGAGGAGAAUCUUGAGUCUGAUACUGGUUUUGGCAACAUUAUAGUAGUGGAUAAUACCCCGGUUGUUACCAAAGAGAAAUUUGCGAAGCUUGAAGGUGUUCUUAGAAAAGUUUUCAGUAAGGUUUGUGCUAUUAAGGAUGAUGGCUUCUGGAUGCCUGUGGAUCCUGUGACUGAAAAGACCGUCGGUUACUGCUUCGUUGAGUACAAUACUCCUCAGGAAGCCGAGCUUGCUAAAGAGAAUGCCCAAGGACACAAACUAGAUCGUUCUCACACAUUUAUCGUUAAUAUGUUUGAUGAUUUUGACCGUUUUAUGAGAGUGCCAGAUGAAUGGGCUCCUCCUCCUAACAAGGAAUAUGCUCCAGGGGAAAAUCUUCAACAAUGGCUUACUGAUGCUAAGGCCCGAGACCAGUUUGUGAUUCACGCCAGUUCAGAUACCGAGGUUUUGUGGAAUGAUGCUAGGCAUUUAAAGCCUGAUUCUGUAUAUAAACGUGCAUUUUGGACUGAGAGUUUUGUACAAUGGUCUCCUCUGGGCACAUACUUGGCAACAGUUCACCGCCAGGGGGCAGCAGUAUGGGGAGGUGCUACAACCUUCAAUUGUCUUAAGCGUUAUGCUCAUUCCCAGGUGAAGCUAAUUGAUUUUUCACCUGGUGAGAAGUAUUUGGCAACUUAUAGCAGCCAUGAACCAAGCAAUCCCCUGGAUGCUAAUAGGAUUGUGAUAAAUAUAUUUGAUGUGAGAACUGGUAAAGUGAUGAGAGGUUUUAAGGGAACUGUGGAUGAUUUUGCUAUCGGAGGUACCAGGGGUGUCAGUGGAGUGUCUUGGCCUGUUUUCAAAUGGAGUGGUGGAAGAGAAGAUAAGUACUUUGCAAGGAUGGGGAAGAAUAUUCUCUCUGUAUACGAGACAGAAACAUUUUCUCUCAUUGGCAAAAAGUCCUUGAAGGUUGAAAAUAUAACAGAUUUCAGCUGGUCACCAACUGAUCCAAUCAUUUCACUGUUUGUUCCUGAGACGGGAGGUGGGAACCAGCCUGCUAGGGUAUGUCUUGUUUCUAUCCCCAGCAAAGAAGAACUCAAACAAAAAAAACUACUUAGUGUCGGUGACUGCAAGAUGUAUUGGCAGAGCAAUGGGGAUUACCUUGCUGUUAAUGUGGACCGAUAUACCAAGACAAAGAAAAGUACUUACACUGGCUUUGAGCUUUUCCGCAUUAAGGAACGUGACAUACCCAUUGAAGUUCUAGAGCUUGAGAAUAAGAAUGAUAAGGUCAUUGCAUUUGCUUGGGAGCCAAAGGGACAUAGGUUUGCAGUUAUUCAUGGCGACAACCCUAAGCCCGAUAUUAGUAUCUAUUCUAUGCGAACUGCUCAGAACACUGACCGUGUUUCAAAGCUCACUACUUUAAAAGGAAAGCAGGCAAAUGCUUUAUUUUGGUCUCCUGCAGGCCGUUUCAUUGUAUUUGCAGGGUUGAGAGGCUUCAGUGGGCCGUUGGAAUUUUACAAUGUCGAUGAGCUUGAAAUCAUGGCCAGUACUAGUGAUCAUUUAAUGGCAACCGACGUUGAAUGGGAUCCAUCUGGAAGGUAUGUUGCAACUGCUGUGAGUUCAGUUGAUGAAAUGGAAAAUGGAUUCAAUAUAUGGUCUUUCACUGGCAAACAUCUUUAUAGGAUAUUGAAGGAUCACUUGUUUCAGUUCUUAUGGAGACCAAGGCCACCAUCCUUCUUGACUCCGGAGAAAGAGGAAGAGAUUGCAAAGAACUUGAAGAAGUAUAGUAAGAAAUAUGAAGCAGAAGAUCAAGAUAUUUCGUUGCUGCUGAUUGAGCAGGAGCGUGAGAGGCGGAGUGUCUUGAAAGAAGAUUGGGACAAGUGGGGGAAUGAGUGGAAGGUGCUGCACGAAGAAGAGAAGUUAGAGAGGAUGAUUCUGAGGGACGGAGAAGCUAGUGACGAGGAAGAGGACAUUGAAGUUGAGGAGGUAGUCUAUGUUACCAAUAGAUCCUUCACUUUCUCUGGUGCUCUGUGA